GUCACUCACAUCUGUUACACGCAUUUCUCCCUUAGCACCACUAGAUGGCGCAGACAAAAAAAAUAACAAAAAUGGCGCAGACGGUAUUUUUGCUGAUGGCAGGUGGACAAAUUGAAUCAGCAGAGUUUCCCGAGUUUGAUGACAUUUAUUGUAAAUACUGCUUUACAUAUGGAUCAGAUUGGUUGAUAACUUCGGGCUUGGAAGAAGGCAUCACACAAAUAACUAAGAAAAGUAGAGACGACAGACAAGAGUUUGUGUGGAAUUUCCCCCUCGACAUUACAUUCAAGAGUACCAAUCCGCAUGGCUGGCCACAGCUGGUGAUCCACUGCUACGGAAUAGAUGUAUUUGGACAGGAUGUUGUGAGAGGUUAUGGAAUGUGUCAUGUCCCCAUCACACCAGGAAGACACAAGCGGAAAGUACCAAUGUUUGUUCCAGAGUCAGCAUCAGCACUUCAAAAAUUCACAGCAUGGUUUCUAGGGAGACGACCAGAAUUUGUUGACCCUAAAGUUGUGGCUCAAGGAGAGGGAAGGGAAGUAACGCGGGUGCGAUCUCAAGGUUUUGUGACUGUGUCUUUUAACAUUGUUUCGAAGGAUAUGAAAAAAUUAGGUUACGAUGUGAUACCAUCAGAGGUGUCUACAACAGUCUUACCAGAAAAUGUAGGCAUGGCCAAAGGACAGACAGAGGCAUAGUACCAUCUUAAACUGUAGUAGUCAUUUUAUUGCAAACAGAAAUUCUAAUCAUCGUGACAAAAUUCCAGAUGCCCUUUACAAGACUUAGCAAGAAUCACGUACAUGUGUUUGUGUUAAAUGAAUUAUUUCAUUCCACAUGCAUAUAUGUUCCUGUUCAUUCAGACUUAAUCCUCAAAAAGUAAUGUUUCCAGUUUGUCUGUAUGCACUGGGCAUGUGUUCAUGCUUUAUUAUGUAGGAAUUGAAUGUUUUACAGAAGAUUUGCUAGGAGCCAUUUAUUUUGUCUUGAGACCAGAGUGGUUUUAAAUAAGAAUUUUAUUUAACAAUCUAAUAGCUGCAAAAAGUUAAUGAAAAUUCUGUGCAUGCAUGAUUUGCAUGUUUUCCCUAAAACCGUCCAUUUUAGUCUGCAUUCUUUGCAUUAUACGCAAAAAUGUGAAAAUAAAACAUUUUUAUACUUAUAAAUUAUAUGUAAAUAAAAGAUGUAGAUAUUAUUAUGUGUAUAAAUUUGUAAUACAGUGUCUUAUGUAAA